AUGGUUCUGGGAAUGGGAGAGGAAAAAGUGGAGCAAAUACCAGUUGAAACAGGGAAAGAGGAUGGCAGUGGAGAACAGGAGAAACAGGAUGCUGCUGCGGAGGAAAAGAAAUACGAAGUGGAAGGAGAGAUUGUAGCUGCUUUACCUUUCAGAUUGAAUAGUAGUCUUACACCUCCUGUUAUUGCAUUGAUACUAUCCGUUUUGUUGAGGAAGAUGGAGGGAGAGACCAUAGAAUCUUCCCAACCAUCAUAUAGCACUUUUUAA